AUGAACUGGUUGGGCUGGAAGGCUGAGCAGCGUCGGAAAGGGGGCCAGACUGCGGCGGGCCUUCGGUCCCAGGCCAAGCAAGGGACGGCCGGAUUUGACUCGAGACAGCCCAGGGUCAUCCAGUUGGAGAUGCACCGGGAGUGGGUCCGCAUGCUCGCCCUCGGUCAGGGGAGAAGAGGCCCCUGCUGCGGCUCCCCUUCUGCCCCCACCUGCUCCUUCCGGCCCAGCUCCGAGUUGGGGUCAGUGGAGCGGCCCCGCCACCUUUUCCUCAUCUGCCUGCUCUGGCUGAGGGCACUAAAUGAGGUGAUGUCUGUGAAGCACCUCGCACAGUUCCCGGAGCCCAGCGGGCACGCACCGAGCGCUCCAUGGAAGGAGCCUGCAAGCCUGACGCCAAACGGCUGCCCUCCUACCCAUCUCCCCCGAUUCCUUGUCCGUGUUCCUGUGGGCACCGGGGGGCCUCUGUUGGAGGCCAGUUCACUAGGUGUCUGCCUGCUGGCUGUGCCUGGCGGGAGGAGGCGCGAGCAUGAGGGCAACCCCUUCACCCACCACCGGACCUCGGGAACCUCAGGACACCAGGACACCCACCGUCGCCCUCCGAGCCGGUGGCAGAGGCAGGGCCUGGCCACGAGGUUGCCCCGUGGGGCCUACCUACCGCUUCUCGUUGCAGGGAUGCUUCUGGGCCCCCGGCUGCUUGUCAAGAGUCUGUCCCUGGAGCCCAGCCCCGAGGGAAGCCCCGGAGAGACUCCGGGUCUCAAAGCCUCCCCCUCCAGGAGGCCCCCUGGGCCCAAGCCUCAGGUGCCCCCCAAGCCAGCUCACCUCCUGGGCCCCCGGCUGGCUCCUCUGCUGGAACCCAUCCCCCCACCCCCCUCCCGGCCACUCCCCGCAGACCCCCGGCUGACCAGGGCCUCCCAGGCUCGGCCCGAAGCGGCCGGGGGUUUUUUUUUUCUGACCUCCUUGAUCGAGAGGUUCGAGAGAGAGCCCCCAGCCCUGGCCCCUGAGGCGGCAGUGGCGGCGACGGGAGCCGCCGCUCUUGGGCCCUCCGAGCUGACCACGGGGGCAGACUCCCGGGAGGGCUCCCCGUGCCUCCUCCUGUCUGCCCCGGGGGAGAAGGUGCCCAACAGAGACAGCGGCAUCGGAAGCAUCAGCUCACCCUCCACCAGCGAGGAGACCUGCUUGGCCAAUGCCAGCAGCAGUGGUAACGGUGGAGGCGGCGGGGAGGCCGCCCCGGGCCCUCCCAGUGGCCCGCUCCCUGCUGGUGGGCUUCCGCAGCCUCCACGAGACCCGGUGGAGGCAGAUAGUGACCUGGAUGAGGACGAAGAGGAAGACGAUGAAGAAGUGGGGCGAGAGGGGCUGCCCAGGCCCAGGAUGGAGAGACAGGACUCUUCAGAGCUGACAGUCCAGCAGAAGGUCUUUCAUAUCGCCAACGAACUUCUGCAGACAGAAAAGGCUUACGUGUCCCGACUGCACCUCCUGGACCAGGUAUUCUGUGCCCGGCUAUUAGAGGAGGCCCGGACCCGAAGCUCCUUCCCAGCUGAUGUGGUCCACGGCAUCUUCUCCAACAUUUGCUCCAUCUACUGUUUCCAUCAGCAGUUUCUGCUGCCAGAGCUUGAGAAGCGGAUGGAAGAGUGGGACCGGUACCCUCGGAUUGGAGACAUCCUACAGAAGCUGGCACCCUUCCUGAAGAUGUACGGCGAGUACGUCAAGAACUUCGACAGGGCCGUGGAGCUGGUGAACACGUGGACGGAGCGCUCGGCCCCUUUCAAGGUCAUCAUCCACGAGGUGCAGAAAGAGGAGGCCUGUGGGAACCUGACCCUGCAGCACCACAUGCUGGAACCCGUGCAGCGCAUUCCCCGCUACGAGCUGCUGCUCAAGGACUACUUGCUCAAGCUUCCUCACGGCUCCCCAGACAGCAAGGAUGCAGAGAAAUCAUUGGAACUGAUUGCUACUGCGGCCGAGCACUCCAAUGCUGCCAUACGCAAGAUGGAGAGAAUGCACAAACUCUUGAAGGUCUACGAGUUGCUCGGAGGAGAGGAGGACAUCGUCAGUCCCGCCAACGAGCUCAUCAAGGAGGGCCACAUCCUCAAGCUGUCGGCCAAGAACGGGACCACUCAGGAUCGGUACCUCAUCCUGUUCAACGACCGCCUACUUUACUGUGUCCCCAAACUGCGACUCCUGGGGCAGAAGUUCAGUGUUCGAGCCUGCAUAGACGUGGACGGUCUGGAG